GUCGCAUCAACAUUGGCAGUCCACUGGCCGUCGAGUCCAGUCCACUUGAAUUCCUUCCGUGCUCCGUCUGUUUCGAUUGUCGUUUGUUUUAUUUUUCGUCAACAAUUUUUUCGCCAACAAUUUGCGUUUGGGACAUAGUCGACAAGAGCAAAAGACCAAAAGAACAAGAGAAAAAAAGAAAAGAUGACGCUCAUUCCGUGCAACACGCAAAGUGAGAAAAUCUUCCGGCCGUGGGAUUCCGAUUGCGGAGCACGCGGCCAACGCGCAUCGCCUACACCGCCCGUCCUCUUGAAGGAGGAACAACACGACCGGCUUUUGGUUGUCUGUUGCUCUCCAGAGUCGUCGCCUUUGCCUUGCGGCGCUUCGUCCUCGUCCGGCUCAUCGUCGUGCGACGAAUCAGAAGCCACAUCCAGCAUCCACCGGAUGGAUUUUUCAUCACCAUCGGCUCACUCGGCCCUCCACCAGGCCUAUUCGGCUCACAUGAUGUCACUGGGCCAGCACCAUUUGCCGUCGUCGCCUUUCCUUUCGGCUCUUCCCGGAUGGAUUGCGACCGACUCGUUCCAUCAGCUGCACAGACAGCAUGGCGGCCAUCAUCAUUUGCUUGGGCACGGCUUGCAGCCGGAAGCUGCUCCGUCCAUGGAACGAUUCCUGGCCUCGUUGGAAGCCUCUCCCGAGGCUUUGCAUCCGAGCCGUUUGGCCGCUUUGGGUAUGGGCCCCAAUGAAAUUGGCGAGCUCUACCAGUUGGCCGGAUUCAAGCCGCUGAUUCAACACCAUUAUCCGUCGGCUGCCGGCGCCGGUAUCGUGUCGUCUUCCUCCUCCGCUCACCACCAGCAUCACAACCCGUCGGGCAAGAAGCAGCGACCCAAGCGAUUCCGAUGCCCGCACUGUCAGGUGGCCUUCAGCAACAACGGCCAACUCAAAGGACACGUUCGCAGUCACACAGGUGAACGACCCUUCAAAUGCGACGAAGAGUCGUGCGGCAAGACGUUCACCCGCAACGAAGAGUUGACUCGACACAAGCGCAUCCACACCGGACUGAGGCCGUUCGCGUGCGCCGUCUGUUCCAAACGAUUCGGCCGUCGCGAUCACCUGAAGAAGCACAGCCGCAUCCACCAACGGCCGCCCCAUUCGGCCGCGCAGCAGCACGGCCUGGACGCGAGCAGUUGCAGUCAGGACCUUCAACAUCAUCAUUCGCCACAUGCGCACAACCAGCAGCUUCCGUACCAUUACGGCGGUCUCAGCCUUCAACAGCCUUCAUCGGCCGGAUCUCUUCCUUCGUCGGGCAGUGGCAGCAGCCAUUCGACCUUUUGCUUCCAGUGAACGUUUUUCUCUUUUGUCUUCCCUCCUCCUUCCUCGUUGACUGAUUGGACGCUGUUAAUAGUAUACCUCAACCACAAAUUUGUUUAUAAAUUAUCGUGUACAUUGAAAAAUUGUAUAAGGCCCUUUUUUUUCUGGACGUUUCGAAAUGAUUUGCUCAAGGAAAUGCACAAAAUAACAAAACAAAACGAGCCGA